UAUGACAGUGACAAUUGUUUUUAUUUUUGGGAGAGGUUAAUAAUACAUAAUAAAUACAAAUCAAUUUUUUAUUUUCUUUUUCUUAAAACUAAGCACAAAAAAUUCAGAUAUGGAUGCCGUUGACUUAUUAGAGAAACGUAUAGAAGCUUUGGAACUGCAAAUAUUGCCAAAAGACAAAUCAGUUCUCAGUAACAAAUCUCAAACCAUUGCCGAUCUUUUAACUGAAACCCAAACAAUGAUAUCUUCAGCUCUUAGCUGCAGAGAAUCGGUUACAUCACUCUUACAACAUAUGCACACAAUCAAUGAGUAUCUCGACCCAUCGAGUGGUGAAUAUGAUUUAGAAGCUGAUAUAAAAAAGCAGUAUUUGUUGCAGAUAUAUCCAGAGUUAAAGGCAAGAGUUGAACUCAUUAAAACGUUCAACAAUCUCAUUCAGUUUACUAAUUCGGAAAGUCUUCAAAAAGUUACUGAAUUAUCAGGUAAAUUACAAACUUUGGCUGGUUCAAACGUGGAAAUUUAUGAAGAAUGUAAAGAGGUUAACGAAAAUGUCCUCAAAGCCUUACAGGAGUACAAUAAUAUAAGUAACACUAUUAAAGUAUUGUUUACUCAAAUGGAUAAAGACAUAUCUCAGUUUGAGUAUACCCAAAAUAUUAAAAUUUCCACAGAAUAAUAAACAGCUAUUUUAACUUUUUUAUAUUUAUUCUAAUAUUUUAUGUUUCUGUUAUGUUUCGAAAUGUGUUUAAUCGUAAUUAUACUAAAAAUAAUAGUAAUUAAAUAAAAGUUUUAUAUAUUGG